CAGCAGAUAACAGUUUCCAAGCAUAUCUCAAACACUACAGCUCGUCUGUUUGCACACACACACACACCCACCAACCAUCAAUCAAACAAAGCCAAUAAAAAUGAAAUAUUUUACGAUUGUCGCUGUUUUCUUGGCCGUGGCCGUCUGUUACAUCAGUCAGUCGAGCGCCUCCCCUGCCCCCAAAGAGGAAGCCAAUUUCGUCCAUGGAGCUGAUGCCCUGAAGCAGUUGGAGCCUGAGUUACAUGACCGUUAUAAGAGAGCCACUUGCGAUUUGUUGAGCGGUACUGGAGUUGGCCACUCGGCCUGUGCUGCCCAUUGUCUGUUGCGCGGCAACCGUGGAGGCUAUUGCAAUGGCAAGGGUGUUUGUGUUUGCCGUAACUGAGGUGUUGUUUUUUUAUUGUAGUUUAUAAGGAAGUUAAAUAGAUGUAUUAAUAAUAAAUAAAAAAUACGAAGCUUAAACAA